AUGGGGGAUGAGAUCCUUCAUCGAGGCCGAUGGUGUUAUGAAAUUGAACAAACACUCGAGGAUAGGGAGAGACAUCCUAUUCAUCAUAGGGAGAAACAUCCUCUUUAUCCUAUUGAAAUCGAUGACGUGUCAGCAGAUACAAAAGAUAAAGACGAGAUUCUGGAAAGCGAAUUUUUCGACACCCGACAAGCUUUUCUGAGCCUGUGCCAAGGAAACCAUUACCAAUACGACACCCUUCGUCGUGCAAAACAUUCCUCAAUGAUGGUGUUAUACCAUCUUCACAAUCCAACCGCUCCUGCAUUCGUAAUGACAUGCAACCGAUGUCAUAACGACAUUGAAACAGGUCAAGGUUGGCGCUGUGAGAUUUGCCCCGAAUUUGACGUCUGCAAUGCUUGCUAUUACAAAGAUGGAGGUGUCGAUCAUCCUCAUAAGUUGACAACUCAUCCAUCCAUUGCUGAACGUGAUGCACAAAAUAAAGAAGCCCGACAACUACGAGUUGUUCAGCUUAGGAAAAUGCUUGAUCUGCUUGUACAUGCGUCUCAGUGUCGGUCUCCGCUUUGUCAGUACCCCGAAUUGUCGGAAGGUGAAGGGACUUUUCCGACAUGGGAUACAGUGCAAAAAUCUCAAUGUCAUGUACCCCGCUGCAGAGAUCUGAAGGAACAUUUGAGAAGACUGCAACAACAGUCUGAUAGCCGGCGGAGGGCCGCUGUAAUGGAGAUGAUGAGGCAGCGUGCGGCCGAAGUUGCUGAUGGCAGCUGAGGAGGGUAAACUUGUAAAUAUAUAUAUAUAUUAAUUAAAAAAAAAUGCUUAUCAGCAGGCAAGGAGGCAAGGCAUCUCGCUUGUUUUCCAACUCCCAAGUGCAAGUUGUAUGUAUCAUAUUGUGAUCUGAACAAUUUUGAAGUCUAUUUGAUGAACCAAAUGAAAAAGUUGACUGAGAGAGCUUUUAAAAGCAUAGUAUAGGCAUGCAUCGCAUAGGAACAAACAAGAUAAUGAUGAAAAUGAAAUGGUCCCCAUUCCCUUCCCUUUGUUCAUUGUUGUACUUGUACACUCACUUGUACUUAUUGAUUUGAAACAAUUGUUGUAGAUGUUUAAAGCUGAAAAGGAAUCAACGGACACUACAUGACGUGUCAUGGUGUGGUGCUAAUACAUUAUUACAUUUUCUCGACAUUUUAUGAUUAUAUUU